CAUAUAGCCUAGUGCUUAAUUUAAGUCGAAAAGGAAAAUCUAAUUUUUUUUCCUGAAACAAAACAAAAAAAAUAUUGAUUAUCCGUAACUGGUCAUCAUCAUCAUCAUCAUUCGUAACAUGGUAUUCAAAUCGGAUUAUUACAUUCCAUCAUCAAUGAUCAAAAAGAUUAAAUCAAUACAAUACUUUAUGUUCGGCAUAAUUCCAUUGUUAAUUAUUCAUUCAUUUUUGUUGGGCUGUUCUGCCUUGAAAUUGAUUUCGGUCAAUGUACCUACAAUGGUUGUUAUGGGUCAAUCAGCAUGGCUAAAUUGUAGUUAUGACCUUGAAAAUGAAGAAUUAUAUUCAAUUAAAUGGUAUCAUUGGAAUGCUGAUUCGGAAGCUAAAGGAGAAUUUUAUCGUUGGAUACCAAAAGAUUCACCACCCGGACAAAUGUUUCAAAUGGAAGGAAUAUAUUUGGAUCUUCAACGAUCAUCAUUUGGUAAUGUUUAUCUGACCAAAACUGAUGUCUAUACUGAUGGAUCAUUUCGUUGUGAGGUGAGCGCCGAAGCACCAAGUUUUCAAACUGUUCGUAAAGAAAAAGAAUUACAUAUUUAUAGUCUACCAAAUGAAAAGCCAAUUAUCCAGACAAAUGGUAACAACGAUACUAGCUAUUAUAGAUCCGGAGAUUUAAUUAAUUUGACUUGUCGUACUAUGCCAUCCAGGCCACCAGCAACAUUAACAUGGCAUAUCAAUCAUGAGAUUGCUGAUUCUCGUUAUGUUAAAUCAUUGUCAGUUUUGCCAACAUCAUCUGAUGGCCUAAUCGGUUCAGCAUCACAAUUAUUUUUCUAUUCAGAAAAUAGUCAUUAUCAUGGUGGCCUAUUAAAAAUAACCUGUUUAAGUGAUAUUAUUCUUCAUUAUACUGUGGCCAGUGAAGAGGUUAUUAUUGGUGGUGCCAAUGAUCCAUCAUCAUCAUCAUCAUCAUCAUCGUCUUCAGAUUUAUAUAACAGAUAUAGAAAUUCACCUCAUCAAAUGAUAACUGAUUCAAUGAGCAAGGAUAUUCCAAUCAUAACUGGAAUAUCUUAUCAACGAUUUUAUAAGCCUGGUGAUAUUGUCAAUUUGACAUGUAUGUCGCGUGCAAAACCUGCUCCAAAGCUUAGUUUUAUGGUUAAUGAUGAAGAGGCCAAUCCAGCUCAAAUUCGCGAAUAUCCAAUAUAUACAUUAAGUGAUGGAUUAUUUGCUUCUAAAAUGGGUCUAAAAUUUAAGGUGAAAAUGGAAAACUCUGGUUCAUCUACAUCAUCAUCAUCAUUAUCGCAUAGUGGCAAACAUUACCAUCAUCAAUUGUCAAAUCGUUUGUCCAGUAACAAUAAAAAUGAUCGUACAUCAUCGAACAUUAAACAAUAUCGUAUCAAAUGUUUAGCAUCGAUGGAGAAAAACAUUUACCAUGCUAGAAAUGAAAUUCAUCUUGGUACAUCAAAACAAAGUUCGGGUCUACAUUUUUCCGAAAACUUUGCUGUUAAUAUCAAUGAAAAUUUACUCACCGAUUUACAAACUACAACUAAACAUUUCAAAUAG